AUGGCUGAAGUCCUCCUACUAGAACCUCCACGCUUUUGCUCUUUCAACACCUUUCGCCUAUUUUGUUGCCUCUUUGUCACCUAUCUGUGUUCUGCGCAAAAUGGCUUCGACUCAAAUACCUUUGGCGGCGUUUCUGCUAUGCCAGACUUCAAGGCACAGUUUGGUAAUGUUAUAGGCAGUUUUGUCGCUGGACCUUGUGCCGACCGCUGGGGCCGCAGAUGGGGUAUGUUUAUUGCAUCGGCGAUCACUCUAGCAGGCGCGAUAGUACAGGCAAGCGCUCAAAAACGCCGGGACCUGAUCGCGGGAAGAGUGGUCCUGGGUAUUGGUACAGUGAUGUUGGGCCCUUCUGCCCAAAGUUGGGCUGUUGAAAUGGCUCACCCAGCAUACCGAGGUGUGAUGGUUGGGGCCUAUCAAUCUUGUUUUUUCCUUGGAACAAUCAUUUCGACUUGGGUUGAAUAUGGCCUUACAUAUUUAAAGACUGCCUCGACUAUCAACUGGAGAUUACCUAUGGCGUUGCAAGGAUUACCAGCUAUCCUCGUAAUUGUCCUUGUCUGGCUUAUUCCUGAGUCACCUCGUUGGUAUAUCGCACAAGGGGAAAACGAAAAGGCAAGGCAGAUUUUAAUCAAAUAUCAUGGAAACGGCAACCCCGAAAGCAAGAUAGUCGCAUUGGAAAUGGAAGAAAUGUUGCAGUCCAUCUCGACUACAGGAUCGGAUAAGAAGUGGUGGGAUUUCAGAUCCUUAUUCAACUCUCGAGCAUCCCGCCAUCGCAUUUGGAUAGUUUUAGCCGUCGGCUUUUUUGGCCAACUUGACUUGCCUCCCACGUCAUAUUAUUUCCCGCUUAUGGUCCAAACUGCAGGAAUCACAUCUGAGCGUUCUCAGUUGUUAUGCAAUGCACUACAAACACCCAUCAUGAUGAUAGCAACACUUGUCGGGCUCAACUUUAUCGAACGUUAUGGCAGGCGAAAGCUCCUGAUGAUGUCGAGCGCCUGGAUGACCGCUUCGGUUGCGGUCAUCAUUGCAUGUACUGCGACGCAACAAGGGCACCCCACAAUAGGGCUGGUGGGCAUCGCGUUCAUAUAUGUGUUCUUGGUUGCCUUUGCACUCAUCUGGACACCUUUCCAAGCACUGUAUCCGACAGAGGUGCUAUCUACCAACUCUCGAGCCAAGGGCUUGGCUUUGUCUGGACUGUGGUUAAAUAUCGUGAACUUCAUCAACACGUAUGCUGCUCCAGUUGGCAUUUCUAAUUCAUCCUGGCGCUUUUACUUCCUCUACCUCGUAAUUGAUUUCGUUGGGAUCCCCGUGAUCUAUUUCACGUUCGUAGAGACGCGAGGCCGUAGUUUGGAGGAGCUGGAUGCGAUAUUUGAUGAUCCUCAUCCAGUGCGGAAGAGCUUGGCGAUGCAAGCUGUUGCCGUGGAAGAAACGAAAGAAGGUGGUGUCAAUCUGAUACACAGUGUUCCUUGAUGAACUAUUAUGCUUUCUAUGACUGCCUCACGAUGUAUAUUAGUAAGUACAUUACGCCCUCCGUCAAUUCGACUUGUACUAUUAGGACUUCAUUCGCACUUUGUCGGCUU